AUGUCAGAACUGGAACCGUACAUCAGGAAAGUGGUCGCAACGCCCCCUGCGCUGACGCCAGCCGAUUUGGGCGAUGCAAUCGGCAUAAUUAUCGAACAUCUGGCCAACGAGUCAGAACCGAAUGUAGCGGUUUACGUGCCAAUAGCUGGCUUUUUGGCAGCGCUCCGGGCUACUAAAUUGGACCAUAAGGCCGAGUACAUCGCAGCAGCGGCAAAGGCCGUACUGAAACACUCUGAUGUGGUCGCGAACGACGCGACAAACGUCAGCGACAACGAAGUGACAAUCGACAUAGUCGGUACCGGUGGAGACGGACAGAACACGUUCAACGUGUCGACUUCGUCUGCAAUCGUCGCCGCCGGGAUCCCAGGGGUCAAAGUUUGCAAACACGGUGGCCGGGCUUCAACGUCGAACAGCGGUGCUGGUGACUUGAUCGCGGUACUGGGCUGCGAUCCCUCGAAAGUCACGGCUCGCACCGUACCACAUCUGUGGGCGCGCAAUUCUUUCUUAUUUUUGCUCGCUCCUUACUUCCAUAACGGCAUGAAACACGUUGCGCUGAUGCGCAAGCUUCUGAAAAUGCCCACUAUCUUCAACGUGCUGGGCCCAUUGCUGCACCCGGUUCCCACGGUGCACAAGCGGGUUUUGGGCGUGUUUUCGCGCGACCUGGGCCCCGAAUACGCUCGCGCCGCAGCGAUCAUGUACCCAGACAGCGAAACCUACGUCGUGUGGGGCCACGUCGGACUCGACGAAGUGUCGCCAACGGGUGUCACAACUGUCUGGCACACGGUGCCGGGCUGUGCCGAGCCCAAGACAUUCGACGUUACGCCGGAGCUGUUUGGGUUGCGCGAACACACUCUGGCAGACUGUGCCUCGCUGGGGCCGGAACAGAAUGCCGUCGUUCUACGCAAGAUCCUUGGAGGAGCUUAUCGCAAGGGCCAGGACCCGAUCUAUGAUUACGUGCUGCUCAACACCGCGACCUUGUAUUGUCUUGUCCAGGGCAACCAGGACUGGCCCGCGGGUGUCGUCGCGGCAGAGCAGUCUAUCCACUCCGGAGAAGCACGCGAGGCACUAGAGCACUUUCUCGCCGACGUCGACCGAUUGUAG